UUUCCCGCUCUUUUCGCAACGGACUUUUUAAAGUGUUCUAAAAGAAGCCGUUAGAGCGACAGCUAUUUGUUUGCAUUGCUUCCUCGUGUCGUCACCGCUUCUUUCAAUCAAUUUGCUGGAUUCCUGUGCCUCCGCAACGCAGUCGACCAGUCGUUUUCGACAUGACAUCACAGUCCCUUCAAAGCUCAACCUGCUCAACUGUCCGAUUUCAAAGUAGCAGCUCAACCAGCUCAACUGUCAAAUUUACAAGUAGCAGUUCAAUAUCUUUGGACGGGUCGUCACACACAGGCAGCGAAACGUGGCAAGGUAUUGUAAAUCAAGUGAUGUCAAUAGAGACACCUGAGACGUCCGCUAGCUCUACUGUGUUGGAUGAGACUGAUCACGAAGCCGACUCGUGGAGUCGUGCUGAGUCGCAGAUGGGUCGACGACGACAUUCUCCAAAAAGGCAUGUCUGGAGAACUCUGAGUGGCUACAAGAAAUCUAGGCUGCAGCAUGAAAACACAAAAAAGAAGCAACUGAGUGAAGCAUGCUCACCUCCAAGGAUGUCAACAAGAAAAGUACACUGGACUAAGCCUGAGCAAGCAGGUUGUCCAUGUGAAUCAUUUCACCAUGAAGAGCAUAAGGAGAACACUCCUGCUUCAUUCUCAUCAAAUGUCAAAAUGAUGGCGUUCGGAUCUGCAGGACCUUCCAGUUUGCAGUCAUCAAAGCAGGGCAAACCGGGUUGUCCACGUGAAUCGUCUCACCAUGAAGAGCAUAAGGAGAACACUCCUGCUUCAUCCUCAUCAAAUGUCAAAAUGAUGGCGUUCGGAUCUGCAGGACCUUCCAGUUUGCAGUCAUCAAAGCAGGGCAAACCGGCCAAACCCAAGAAGGGAAUGAGGAGGCUGGCCAAGAGCAAGGUGCAACAGGAGAUCAAACGUCUUCAAUUGUCUGCCAACACGAUCAUCCCAAAACGUAGAUUUGCUAUGGUAGUACGCGAGGUACUUGCUCAGGUUACUGGUAAGAACUUUAAUAUGCAAAAACUGGCCCUUCAAAUUAUUCAAGAGGCUAGUGAAGCAGUCAUUGUGGCACUUAUGGAAGGAACUGACAUGCUCGCCCAGCACUCUAAGCGCGUGACUAUUAUGCAAAGGGACCUAGUCACUUUGCUUUCCCUCUUGAAAGGCUAUGGGAACAUGCAAGGGUCCCUCUCGUAAAGGCAUUACAUAAUUUUUGUUAUAAUGUUUAGGUGCAAUGUAUUAGUGCACUGUAAUAAAGGGCGUGUGUUCUAUCCAUUUUUCAAAGGCUUAACAGUCUAACUUAGCUGCAGACCACACAAAGAAUGAGCAGCUUUGUUGUAUUUUACUCCGCUAUAUUUUGUUAAUAAAAUUUGAAGUUUAUUUCACCUGAUUCGUCACCAAAUAUCUUUGUGCCUAAGCCUAAAGGCUGUAGCGUAGCAUUCUGCUAUUGAGUACAUGGUUGCUGGUUCAAGUCCCGGCUGCAGCAGCUGCAUUCUGAUGAGGGCAGAAUGCAAUGCUCCUGUGAUGUGCUGUAGGCGCACAAUAAACAACUCCAAGUGGUGGAA